CAAGGCCUGGCCCAGGCUCAGACCAGGCUCACAGUGGCUCCCAGGCCUGGCCUGGGCUCAGUCUGGGCUCACAGUGGUCUCUGUCCGGCCAAGCAGCUCCAACCCAAAUCCUGCCCCUCAGGAAGCAGCAGGAAGUGUCUGGAGACUGAAAUCCUCCUUUACCCUCCUUUUCCUCCUUUUUCCUCCUUUUACCCCUUUUUCCUCCUUUUACCCCUUUUUCCUCCUUUUCCCUUCUUUUUCCUCCUUUUUCCUCCUCUUCCCUCCUUUCCCCUCCUUUCCCCCCCUUUUUCCCUCCUUUGCCCUCCUUUUUCCUGCUGUUUUGAACUCCAGCAGAGCAAGAAAACCCCCGGGUCACCCCCCGGGCUCCAAAAUCCGAGGGCAAAAAGGGCAAAAACGAGCAAAACAACGACAACAAUUAAAAAAACCACCUUUUUUUUUCUCUGUUGUGAAGAAAUAAGUGGGAAAAAGGAGCAAAAAGGGCAUUUUUGGCAGCCAGCAAAUGAUUCAUAACGACCCCUCCGACCCCAAGAAGGUUCCACGACCUCCCUGUCGGAUCCCGAGGAGCUUAAAAAGGCCGGGAAGGAGCCGGAAUUCAGGGAGAAGGAGCUGGGAAAGGAGGAAAAGCAGGAGGGGAAGGAAAGGAGGCCGAUCCAAUGGUGCGGUGGCUGUUCCUGGCCGGGCUGGUGCUCGCCCUGCUCUUCCCGCCGGGAAUCCAGGCGGCUCCCGAGGGCUUGGAUGGCCCAUCCAGCCGGAAUUCUAAGGGAUCCUGGAGCUCCCAAAGCUUCCCAUCCGACGCCAAGAGACACUCGGAGGGGACCUUCAGCAGCGACUUCACGCGGUUCCUGGACAGGAUGAAGGCCAAGGAAUUCAUCCACUGGCUCAUCCAGGGCAGGAGGUACAAUUAAAGGGCAAAUCCCAGUUUUCCAGCCCCAUCCUGAGGGGAAUCUCCAGCUCCAGCCACCACCAAAGGCUCCACGGGAAGGAUUCAUCCAUCCUGGGACCAUUCCAUGAUUCCCUGCUCCUGGAAUCUGCUCCCACGGAUCCCCCUUCCCUCAAAUCCAGCAUUCCCAGCUUUUGCUUCCUCAGUUUUUCCUAAAUCCCAAUAAAACCUUUGCUGGCUCCGCUGGGUCCUG